CCCCCGCGGCAGAUUUAUCCAUAUGUAGCAACUACUUCCUCAGAAGUGGCCACGGGGGUCUCUUCUUUUUUUCUUCUUUUUUUUUUUUGAGACUCGUUUGCAAUUGAGGUCACCACCGGGCGAUUCAUCGCGAUGCUUUAUCAUCCACCGCCGACGACGAGAGCAUGCGACAUAGCCUAGAAAGGUGAUGGACGGAGGGCUGUCCAGCGGGCACACGACCCCGCUCCUGAAUGCGGCGGAGAGAGACGCCUAACCGGGUGUCACCGUCAGGCCCCCUGGAUGCUGCGCCGAAGGAUGGGAUACGCCGACCCGUCGUCGGGUAAAGACAUACUCGGCAACAGAUCGCUUUGUUUCAUGUUCCUUUGCGCAUUCGGACUGGUCACGCUGCUGCAGCAGAUCCUCUACGGGAAAAACUACAUCAAGAGUGCGCAACAGUUUAGCCGACUCAAAGGGGACGAGACAGGAAAUUGGACCGGUCCCGUUAAUUUCUCGGAUGACGGAUCUCUGAAGCCGGCCAGAAAUGGAAGGAAAAGAUGUUUCCGUCAGAAUUUUCAGCCAGAUUCACAGAUCUCCGUAAUAGUCACACCCUGCCUAGCCGAUAUUAAGAAGAAAAAAAAAAGGUAUCUUGAAAACUACGACGGCUCAUAUGAAUACAACUCCACUGCAUGCAGGGAGCUCAGACAGGAGAUCAUGGACGUCAAAGUCCUGACGAUAAACUUUAAUCGGAAAAUACAUGGCCACGGAUACCCUUCCUCAUUCCACAAGUCUCUCUGCCUGUCUGCCAGGGUGAAAACCUCGGACCUGUUUGAGAGAUGGCGGAACCUGCAGGUGUGUAGAUGGGAGCAGAACAAGGAGGAGAGCAGCAACUUCAAGAUGUCUCUGACUCGCUGCUGUAACGCUCCUUCCUUUCUGUUCACCACCAAGAGGAACACUCCUGCAGGGACCAAACUGAGGUACGAGGUGGAUACCAGUGGUAUCCUCCCCGUCACCACGGAAGUCUUCAAGAUGUUCCCAGAUGAUAUGCCGUACUCCAAAUCGCAGUACAAGAAAUGUGCCGUCGUCGGAAACGGCGGCAUCAUCAAGAACACCAAGUGUGGAAAGGAAAUCGACUCGGCAGAUUUUGUGUUUAGGUGCAACAUCCCCCCCAUCAACGAGAAGUACUCAGCUGAUGUCGGCACUAAAACCGAUCUGGUGACAAUUAAUCCGAGCAUUAUUACGGAGAGAUUUCAGAAGCUGGAGAAAUGGCGGCGCCCCUUUUACGAAGUCCUGCAGAAAUACGAGAACUCGUCGGUGGUGCUCCCCGCCUUCUACAACACCCGCAACACCGACGUGUCGUUCAGGGUCAAGUACAUGCUGGACGACUUCGACUCCCAGCGGGGGGUCUUCUUCUUCCACCCGCAGUACCUGCUCAACGUGCAGCGCUUCUGGGCGGUGCAGGGCGUCCGGGCCAAGCGGGUGAGCAGCGGCCUGAUGCUGGUGACCGCCGCCCUGGAGAUGUGCGAGGAGGUCCACCUCUACGGCUUCUGGGCGUUUCCCAUGAACCCCUCGGGGAUCUUCAUCACGCACCACUACUACGACAACGUCAAGCCGCGGCCGGGCUUCCACGCCAUGCCCCACGAGAUCUUCAACUUCAUCCACAUGCACACCCGCGGGAUCGUCCACGUGCACACGGGGCAGUGCACGUGAUCGCACACCGCCCUGCACAACAACACCCCCCCCCCCCUCCCCCCGCUUCGACGUAGUUUACCGGGUUGUGUUCUUGUUUCGUGUCAUUGAGACACUGCACUUGGCACUUGGGAGCGCACACUUCUCUGCCCCCCCCCCCUCCCCCCACCCCCCCACGUGUCUCACCGACACACUGCCAACGCGCCCCUCUCUUAAGCCGCCGUGCUUAGCCAAUCAAAUCGCUCUCUGAUCAUCUCCAGUAGAAUGCUUGUUUUUAAAUGUGAAAACGUGGUCUUCAUAUCGGUGUCGUUUUCCGUGACGUUUUCUAGUGGCUCCGCUGUGUUACCGAGGUGUUGUUUUCUACUCGACGUCGCACAGGUACUCUGCCGCGCUGAAAUGGGUCCGCGGUGGGUGUCUUUGUGCCGCGUCAUCCCCCCCCCCCCCCCCCCCCCCUCGCCCCCCCUCCGGUCUCCUCUCUCUACCUUGGACACUCUGUGGGUGUGGCAGCUUUUGACGUCUGGGGAAACAGAACCCGGACCUUAGUAGUUUUAAGCUAAUAUUUGGAGAAAAAAAAAAUGUAACAUUCUAACAUCCAAUUGUCUACUUUUGUAAUCUCUUUCCUAAUCGCCAGAUUCACCGGGUGAAUAUUUUAAAAUGAUUACUGAGACGGCCUGUUUUCAGUGGCCUCCUCCCGCCCGGUUAACCGCCCUCGGAUUUCUCUGGGGACAAAGGGGAAUGUUUCUUCUCUUCUUUCUUUUCUUUUUUUCCGGCUAGUCACGAUUUUUGGACGAAAAGCAUAGCAAAUAUUUCGAAACGACCCCACGUGAGCAGAUUGUGUCGAGUGACGUCGUGAGCACACGGCGACCCACGCCUCCCGUUGUCAUCCAUGUCUUAAGCCACGCUGCCUUAUGAGACGUCGUGCCCCCCUCUGUAUGUCACGCGAUGCACCCCGCGUGUUUUUGGCUUCUCUGUGAAGAACACGACCGCCAGGCUUAAAUCGUAGUUUUUAUUCUUGAACCUGGAGGACGCUCGUGACUCUAAAAGUACAGAAGUUCAUGUGCGGUUCUCGGGACUUAUACUCUAUUGGAAUUAGUCUCGCCCGGCGUAGACGUCCGUUAUCAUCAUGUAACGCUCUGCAUGACUUUGCUCUGUACUUGGCUUUGUGUGUGCCUGCUUCGAUGGUCACUGAGAUGUUUACACGUAAGCCUCCGCUGGAGCUCACAGUGCUUCUGGAGAAUCAUGGACAAACCUUUACACGGAGAGAAGAGGGGAUCUGUUGACUUGUACAAUAAUGGAUUGAGUUCUUUUUGAUUAAAGAUGCACGAAGGUGAUUGCUGCCCUUUUGUAAAAUGCUACGACACUUUUUUUUGUUUUUUGUUGACCUUCCCAUCUGAAAUGUGGAACUUCAGCAUUGUGCAUUUAAGCCCUAGAAAGCUGGUACGUUUUUACCGUUUAUUUAGUUUUACAUUGCAAAAUGUUUUUAAGAGACUGUGACGUAAUAUUUGCUUUCUUCUCGGUUCACGCUCUGCUCAGCACUUCUCCAUUAUUUAUUUGCGUUUGAGGGACGUGCUUGACGACAAGAUGUUCUCCUUUUGUCAUGAUUUCUAAUCGACCGUUUUGGUGUUUAUGCACAAGAGAUACGACUUCAGCAAAUAUGAACACCAAAAAAUGUUUUGGCUCGACCACUAAAUGAAUCUAGGAUGGAAACGGAGGGGAACCGGUCUGUCGACUGAAAAGAGGUGACGUCCAACACUUCUCCACUGACUCUGGAUCAUUCUUUAUAACGGUAAUGUGUUUGUAAAUAAACUUGUUUGGAUUUUCUCA